CUGAAUCAAAAUGUCAUUGUGUCGCACUUCUUGCACAGCUGUGUCAUGUUUUCGUUAUUAAUUCUGAGAUUCUAAUUGCCUAAAACAAGAAUAAACGCCGGAAUAAUAGACAACUUUUUAAAGUUCACGGAUAUGUGAUUUAGUUAUAAUGGCUGCACCAAAAUCAGAGUCCCUGAAAGAUACAGUUACGGUAUUAAUAAAUGCUCUUGGCGACAGCGAGAACUCUGUAAACAAUGUUGUGAUUAAGUCGCUCACUAAAAUUGCGAAUACUUAUCCAAAUGAAGUUAUAGAAAUAUUUUGCGAGUUCUACAAAAAUACUGUGAAAGUGAACCCUACGCAGCUCGGAAAUAUUGUCAAGGUCCUAGAACAGACAUGUGUGAAUCAAGUGAAGAAGCUGGAUCCGUCGUCAGCGAGCAACCUGGUGACCGCCAUGCUGCGCGCCAUGAUGGAGAACGUCUCCUACGAGCCAGUCGUGCAGAUGGGAGCCUCCGCUGUGCUGGUGGCUGUGGGACAUGAGAACUUGGACCUGGUACUUCGGUCUCUCAUCAACCAGCUGUCUCCAGCCUCGGUCCCUCACUACACGAUAGCGCACACCCUGGGUACAUUAGCAGCGGUGAACACGCACGGCGUCGUGCCUCAUAUUAAGGAGAUUCUGAGCAAAAUGUUGCCUCUACUCUCUCUCGUCAAGACUGAUGGGCUGAAGCAGGCGUUUGCUUAUGCUUUCGGCCAUUUCGCAGUCGCGGUAUCCGAGCAAAUAGGUGAUAACGUAGAAAACGACAACAUUACAUCUAUAAAGGACAACUUUGUCACAGAAUUCACCAUAAUAUUUGACGUGUUAUACAAUCAAUGGCUUGCUUCCUACGAACCUAAGGUCUCAGAGUCCGUUCUAGAAGCGCUCGGCCCUAUCACGAGACUGAUAUCAGAACGACAGUUCAACGAAACAGUCAACAAGUUCGUGCUUUCAUUGCUGUCUUUGUACCGCAAACCAGCAAUCAACUACUACUACAUAAGUCAAUGUAUAUCGUACCUAUUGUCCCCGUCGCCACUGAACCCCAAAUUGAGUUUGAAUGACAACGUCAUAAACUCUAUAAACCAUGUGUUGUUCAAUUUAGUUCUAUUAGAACCAGACUACGAUCAGCCUCAGACUGUUAAAAAUCAUUUCGAGGUACUCAGGUGUUUUGAUCACAUGGCUGGGCAGUUUCCCGACCAAACUAUCGAGAGUCUUCUUCAUCAAUGUAAGAACAAUCAGGAAAAAGAAAGGAUGAAGGCUGUGAUCAUUCUCACUCAUCUAACUACGUCAUCACAGGUCUUUGUCGAAAAUUACGCUGUGAAGUUUAUUACACUGCUCAAAGUUAUGACGGCAAUGGAACAAGGAGUAAAAAUGAAGAAGUUGCUUGUUAAGGCUAUUGUAGGACUUGUGUACAGAAAUUGCAUCACAACCGCUGAAGAUUUCACAAUGGUUGAGUUUAUUAUAAAACACUGCGGGUACGAAGCGCCCGCGAACGUUCCUAAACAUGACGUCUUAGAUUUACACGACACUUGCAAAAGUUCGUUAAUACUGAUGUGCAAUACAGUUACCAGCAUCAGAUCCCAGUUACGGAAUUUAUUAUUGAUCGCGUUAACUGGUGAAGAGUUCACAGCGUCGAUGGCAACAAUCUGUCACUGCCUGACGUCGCUCCUCCAAAACCAUUCGGACGUGAUUGCCGAAGGACAGUCCGAUAAAGAGAUCGAAAUGAAAUGUUCCCCAGACUUAGUUUUCGUUAGGUGCAUCACUCAUGUCGUGGAACCAAAUCAAGUUGAGAGGAACAAGAAUAUAUUGGUUUUCCUUGAAGAGUAUUCGGGGGAUGUCCAUAAGAACUUGAAGAACGCUUGGACGGUAGAAAUACAGAGACUGUUGAAGUUCGUAGAGACAAGUGAAUCGACGGAACAGUGGCAUAGUAUGCUGUUGGAUCUCCUUGUUUCAGCAGUCGAACAAGUAAACAGCAAUAAGUGGGUGGAAUUCAUUGCGACUUUAAUAUCACAGCAAGUACUGACAAAAAAACAGUCGCCGAUGAUUAAAGGCGUCUCCUUGCAGUACUUGGCUGUCCUUUCAUGCCAUAUGUCCAACGCUGCGGUAGUCGAAAAGAUUCUGAAGAUUAUAUUGCUGGCCUUAAAGUCUAUUCCGAUGGAAAGCAGUGAUUAUGUAAGCAAAGCCGUAGGGAUCGCGUCAAGACAGCAUGGCGAGUUCAUUAUGAAUGAGCUAGACGCGAUCUACAAAGAAAAUGAAUCAAAGAGAAGCAGUAAGAUACUCAACUUCCUUUCAUCUAGACAUUCGAAGUCAGAUUCAGAGUUAAGUAUUGUCAGGUACGCGGUGAUUACGUGUUAUGGUAAAGUAGCCAGCGAAUGUUUGGAUGCACAUGUGUUAGCCAGGUUGGGCGAUAACGUUACUUCCAUCCUGUUUGACAUUCUAAAGUCAAAUCCUCCUUUCGACUUGUGUAAAACAAGUAUCACAACGCUCUAUGAGAUCAGCAAAGCUUUGCACCCGACGUAUCAACAGACAAUUGUUUUGAGAAACCGCUGGCAGUUGCUUAAUGCAGUUUUGGAGCAAAUAUACAAUCCCAAUUUGGAUAAACGCAAUGUGGAACUUUACCCUAUUAUUGUAAAAGCCUCUAAAGCGCUGACAAAGUUACAAAAAGGCAUUCUACCCGAAGAAAGAAACACAAUACUUAGAGUCUUGUUUAAUAGUAUAUUUGGAGAGCUCGCCUCAUUCAAACGAAAGUAUGAAAUUGAAGGAAAUGGAGAUAAGAAUGAUAAUUUAGCGAAAACACUUAACGAUAGUCUAUCGCUACUCCAUCGACUGAUUAAAGAAUUAGUCAUUCAGUCAACUUGUCUGAGCACAAUCGAUGAUUUAAUUGGUUUAUUAAUCGAAUGGCUUCGUCACGAAAACGACGAGAUAAGGACAGCAUCGGUCAUGAUACUACAAGUGAUCUUUGACACGUAUAUCAAAAACGUGAAAUUGAAUUAUGAGACGCCAAGCAAAUUUGGUCAGAUGGGCUACUUAUUAGGGCUUAUAAUCCCUGGCAUCGCUGACACGAACUUCGCUGUUCGAUUGACAACAGUCGAUUGUAUAAAAGUUAUCAUUCAGAUCCAAGAUUUGUACGAAGGCCAUGUGAUUGGGCCUGACGACGAAUGUAUGUCGAAUCUUGGUCAUCUUCAGAACAAUAUCUUGACCAACGAUCUCAACAUGAUCAGUGAUUAUUGUACAGCGUUGAGUGACGCCAUCUGUUCGAAAAUACCUCAUCACCAUAAUAUGCAGUUUAUUGAGAGUCUGCUUGAAGGUUAUGAUGACCAGGAGUUCAGGAGUAUGGGGGUCGGGGCUAUCCUGGAUGCUUUCUUCUCAAGUAAGGGUCAGGAUCUGUACCAGAGUAUAGAGAGGAUAGUGGAAGUAAUGUUGAUCACUAUGGAUGGGGUCGGCGCUGAUGCGAGGUCGAAGCUGAUGAAGGCAUUGACGUCAUUGACGCGUCAUCAUUCUAAUGCUGUGACUGCUGUGCUGUUGGCACAGAAGUUGCCUUUGAAACCGAGCGUGGUCGCCUGCUGGCGAUGCCUCGCCCGGGACGAGGGGCUCGCUCCAGCCAUCACGGACAACUUCCUGCGGCUGAUGACGUCAGUGGAACUGUAUGAGGACCCGUACCACAUCACUGAUCAUCAUAUCGCUGCUCUACAGCCUUUGACUCUCAUCAGUGCUCUUGGCGAAAUGCUUCAAGAAGACACAAUGAAACCAACGUGCAUUGCUAAAUUCGCUGACUUAUUCUCCGUUCUGUACACGACUCUCGCUUGCUAUAUCGACGCGGAGUCGCCCGCUUACACGCCACCUUCAAACAAGAAUCAGGAGCGAUUCGGAUAUGUCCCCAAUAGGGAAGCCAUCAAACUAUCCCCGGCUAGGAUUACCGUGCACACGUUUAAUGCGUUUUUGGAUCAAGCUGACUGUCAGAAGGUCCGCGAGGCUUGCUCGCUGUGCCUGAGUAUCGAGCACGGCGACAGCGCGGCGGCCGUGGCGGAGCUGGCGCCGCUGCUGGGCGCGGCGCUGGCGGCGGGCGGCGCGGGGCGGGCGGCGCGGCUGGCGGCGCGCCUGGCGCAGGCCGCGCGCGCGCCGCUCCCGCCGCAGCGCGCCGCCGCGCUCGCGCUGCUGGCCGACAUGCUCAACUACAGAUGUAACGACAACACAGUCCUGAUCGAGACAGUCCUGGCGACGCUGAGUACAGGCUGGAAGGACGAGCACGACCGCGUGCGGGCCACCAGCCUGCGCGGCGCCGCCAACAUCGCGCGGCUGCGGCCCGAGCAGCGCGCGCAGGCCCUGGCCGGCGCGCUGGCCGCGCUCAGCCAGGGGGUCGACGCGCAGAAGACGCAGACUCCAACUGACAACGUGCCCCUUGCCGCCAUCCAAGGAAUAAGUCGCCUUCUAACGGAACUAGACAAGAUAGACAAAGAGUACGAGAGGGAGUUACUCGCGAUAUCUCAGAAGAUACGUCCGUUCAUGAACACGGACUGCGCUCAACUGAGAGAGAACUCCAUCAAACUAUUUGGGAUCAUCGCUGGGCGAGUGAAGUCCGAUGCUUUGGUGGAACAGGGCGUCAGCUCCUUGCCUUGUUUCUUACUGCAUUUGUGUGAUAAUAACCCGGCUGUUGUGAGGGCCAGCAAAUUUACUCUAAAGCAAGUAUUCAAGACUUUCAACGUGAAAAAAUCAAACGACUUCGUCCAAACCCACCUCUUAGACGAAGGUCGUUUAUACCUGGAUGAGUUUCUGUCAGCACUACUGAGGCAGUUGGCUGACGAGAUGCCGGCCAGCGUCGCCAAGUGCCUGCAGACCGCCGUCAACUACCUGCACUGCGCGAGGGAAGAGCUGAAACCACACCCGCCGCUGUUACUUGGACUUCUCUACGCGGAACUGCACCGCAUCCGCGAGAAGUACCCAGAAGAGACCGACCUGGACCCUGACAUCACCAGGACAGCUCGCACUCGGCUACUCCAGCUCAUCAAAGAUCCCAACCCUCACGUCAGGCAGAACGCAGCCAUGGCUCUGGCUAACAUUUGUCUGGUCACCGCUAUGGACGGAUGACCUCGUAGGGUGCUGCUAGAGGUCAGAAGCGGGAGGUACGUGAUGACCAGGCUUUUGUAUAGGUGAAUGACCCUUUGACAACCGCACGUCAACUGUCAACUGUCAACAGUGUUUUUAAAGGCCGCUUUGUAAUGAGUCAAUUGAUUGAGCUAACUUCUUGUACACUUUUAGUGUUUAUAAGAGAAGUGUGAAGAUAACAUCUUUAUUGGUUUUUUGUUUAUUGUAUCUGUUAUAUAAAAUGUGCUCGUGUUAUGAAAGCGAGAUGCUGCUAUAUACCGUGUAUUGCGUUGUCUCGCUUCCACAUUGGCAAUACUCUUAUUAUUUAGACUCCACAGUAGCAUGGAACAGUAGUUCAGUGUUUCCAAUACUAUGGCCAUUUCACUUUUGUGUUUUGGGAUAAAAUUAAAUACUUUAAUCUUAAAAAAACUUUAUGUUAUACGAGUAAGGUCGAGUUUCGUAUGUCGUUAUCGUUACCACUAAUAUGAGGUUAAACGCUGCUAUCUAAAUAGAAAUAUAAUCCCCCUAUUACAUUUUUACACAAAUAAGAAUCAAUUGUGAAUUGGUUUGAUGGAGAUUGAAAAAAUAAUUUGUGUAAAAAUGAAAUGAAGUGAUAGGAUGUAUUCGGUUUUGUAAUUUUGCGGCUUCUUUACCUAAUUCAACUAAUAUUUGCAUAUUUGAGAGAAAAGUAUUUGAAAAAAAAAACGCAUUCUCAUUUCCUUAUUUGACUUAAUGAAGUACGGUUAGAAAGAAAGUUUAAAUUGUUACGACUAAGUUGCGUUGAAUGAUGAUAUUAUUUUUGUGGUGGUGCUGUGUUGGGCAUAAAUAAAGUGUCAAAUUUUAAUAAAAAUAUAUUGAGAGAAUUAUAUUCCAGUUGCUUUUGCUUGUAUUCCAGUGUUUUUGGUGUAUUUGGAAA